AUGGGAAUUGGCCUUUUAUUGAGGCUUUCUCCAAUGGAGAACCCUAAUGCGCCAACAAUCGUUGUAUUAGACCAAGAAAAGGUAACAAUCGGAAGGCAAGCUGCUGUUAAAAUGGAUACCUCUCGUGGAAAAGAAGUAUCAAAACACCAUACAACAAUAUACAGGCGACAACAUCAGAAAUCUGAAAUUUGGAUCAUUGAAGAUAACAAUUCUCUCAAUGGAACAUUUGUAAAUGGCAAGAAAAUACAUCGAAUCAUUUUAAAUUACGGUGAUGAAAUUGUUUUCGGAGGCGGAUCUACGUUUUUACUCGGUGAUAUUGUUGAAUCUACAAAGCUUGCUGAAUGCAGAUACGUUUUCUAUUUAGCUCCCGUCCCCGUGAAAUUUUGCCACAAUAUUGAUCUUAAUGCGUCAUUACUCGCUUCAGAUUUACUUGAAACAUGCGCAAUAUGCUAUUGUCCAACGGUUGCCUCCGAAACACUACCGUGUGGUCAUAAGUUUUGUUUAGCAUGCAUUCAUGAAUGGUCUAGAGCCUGCUACAAAGGAAUGAGGCCAUGUGUAUGCCCAAUGUGUAGAACUCCAUACUCAGCUUCUGAUUUAACUCCAGAAGAAGCUCAAAAGACUAGCGACGAAGUUAAAGUUUAUAGUAUGGAACCAAUGUUAAGAGAUUUAGGCAUUAAAAGCUGCAAAGAGAUCAAGAAAGUUAAUAUAUUCAAGAAAUGGACUCCAGAGCAUAAAGCAUUUUUCAACAAGAUGUAUACUUGCUGCAAAGAUAGUGAAACAAGACUUCCUAUUUUCUUACAUUUAACAAAGGCAACAAUUUUCCAAGCAUUCAAUCAGGAAGUACCAGCACUUAUUAAUGCUAUCAACAAUAUGGACUCAAAACCUGUUGAUAAUGACAAAAAUAAGCUUAUUUUGCAAUUCUUAUUAUUGCUAUUCGAAAAAUUGUUGCCAAAACCAGAAGUGAAACAACCAAUAUUUAAUUCUAGAAAAACCAAUUCUAGAUAUAAGAUGUUGAAUUAUUAA